AUGCCUCCCUCCAGCCCCACCGACUUGGCUUCGGCCCGCGACAUGCCAUCCCCUCCCUCCGCCGACGAUGCGGCCACCUCCCCUUCGCCCGGCCCCGACACCAGGCUGGCCACCAUAACCCUGCCGGAUUUGUUCGAGGCGCUGAUCGACCCCGGCGGCACCGACGACGACGACGACGACGGCGGCGGCCUAGGGCCCGGCCACGACGCGACCCGCCCGACCGCGCCCCGGCCCGGCAGCGCGCGGCUGCUCCGGGGCCUGGGCCACCCGGACCACACCUUUGUGGUGGUCCUCGGCCCUGGGGUCCCGGCAUCCGCCCGGCUCUUCCACAGCGCCGCCGAGUCGCUGGUCUACUCCGGGCGCCGGCCGAACAACGGCGUCUCCGCUCGCGGACGCCUGAUCGACGAUCUGAUAGACGUGUCGUCGCUGGAUUGCCCCCAGCGAUUGGGCAACCUGCUGCGCCUGACCGGGGCCCUGGCCCAGACAGUCGCGGCCGCGGCCGCGGCCGACAGCCAGCCAUGCCAAACGCACCGCCUUCUGACCAGCCUCCAGGACGAGGGGGCCCUCGUGCACGUGUGCUCGCAGAACAUCGACGGCCUCGAGGCCCUGGUCGGCUUGCCCCCGGGCCGGAUCACCUACUUCAAUGGGACGGUGGAUUCCCUCCGGUGCGAGGCAUGCAACGCCGCCUUCCCCACGCGGGACCACCUGGCGGACUUGCUGGUGGGCCGGGCGCCGGCCUGCCCGGCCUGCCCGUCCCACGGCUCGGACCCCGGGGCUGAGUCCACCGCCGGACGAUCCCGGCUGCUGCCCGCUAUCCAGCUGAACGACCGAAGCAAGGACCUCUCGGCCACGGUUGCCAAGCUGGUGGAUGCCAUCCUGGCCUCGAACCCCGAUGUGCUCAUCGUCGGCGGGGUAAUAUUCCGCAAGGCCCACAGCCGGCACCUCGUCCGGAAUCUGUGCAAGGCCAUGCGACAGCGCGGCCGGCUAUGCGUGUUUAUCGACCACAACAAGCUCCAUGGCGAGUGGAUAAAGCGCUUCGAUUUCCACAUCAAGACCGACACCGACGAGGCCAUGCACAUGAUCCGGCUCGUGCGGGAGGCCUGCUCCGGGCGCAUGGCGGCAGCCCAGCCGCCGGCCGGCCAGUCGGCCGCCCCGGGGCCCGAAGCUCGCCCCGCCGCCGGGACGCCACCCGCGCCAACACGCCGGACCCCGGACCCGGCCGAGGCCGAUCCGCCGGCCGGCAUGCUGGCCCAUCCCGACAACGCGCACCGGCACUACGCCGCCAAUGCCCUCGGAUGCGCGUCCGAUGACGACCCCGGAGGAACGCCACCCACAUCAGCACGCCGGAUCCCGGACCCGGCCGGGGCCGGCUGGAUGUCCGUAGCCAUCAUGUAG